CAUUAAACCUAGAGCAAAUUGGUAAAAUUUGUAAUUUCGUUUUUAUUAUUAUUUGUAUUUUUCCUUUUCUUUUGAAAAAUUAUUCUUUGAUUCAGCAGCAGUAUUUCAAAGUUUUUCCCUCUUAAAACAACACCGACAAUCCAUUAAUAAGAGAAUAUAAUGCAACGUGGAUCAACAUCAGCUACCGGUUUAGUAUCAUUAACAAAAAGUGAUCCUACAAAAUCAUUAACACCAUUAUCAUUAUCAACACAAUCAUUAAAAACAUCAAAAUCAAAAUCAUCAACAAAAUCAUUAGCAUCAACAUCAAAUACCAAGGUAAAAGUUGAACGUACAACAAGUAAAACUGGUGAUGCAAAAGAAAAGAUAAAAAUUUCAGCAAAAGUUAAUGAAGAAGAGCUGAAAAAAGGACAAAAAAGUCAAGUAAAUUGUGGCCUUUAUUUUAUCCUACAGAUUUUAGCAUUAGUUACAUUAAUAUUAAUGGUCAUUUGGUUUAUUGAAAAUUUUGGUGGUUUAUCAUUGAAAAUGACCGAAGAACAUAUGGAACAAUUUUUCAAUCUACAUCCAUUAUUUAUGGUAUUUGGUUUGGUUUAUGUUGUUGCCAAUUCAUUACUAUUUCUAACAUCAUCAUAUGCAUUACGUUUUGCACGUAUCGUUCUUGCAUUUAUAAUAUUAACAAUGGGUUGUAUCGGAUCGAUUAUAACAUUUUAUUGGCAUUCAGAAAAUGAAUAUGUACAUUUUUAUUCAUUACAUUCAUGGUUAGGUAUUAUAACAUGGAUAUUUUUAAUAACAUAUUUUUUCUAUGGUUUUAAUGUUUAUAUAACAAAUAUUGAUGAUGAUCGUCGUCGUGUACGUAUGAUACAACAUUUACGUUUUAUUGGUAUUGCAACAUUAUUGAUGGCAGGUGCAACAUGUUUGCUUGGUAUUUCACAGAAUUUAAUUGUACGUUCAAUGAUGAAAACACCACCACCACCACCAUCACCAGAAGGAUCAUCGAUAAUACCACCAGCAGCAACAACAAAUAAUGAAACAAGUAUUGAUGAUCAAUCAAUAUUUCAAGCCAAUUUGAUUGGUAAUACAAUUGGAAUGUUUUUAUUUUGUUAUAUUUUAUCAAUGAUUUAUUUGAUGGCACGUAUGCGUUAUGAACCAUGGUCAAUGAGAAAACGUGAACAAAUUGAAAAACAAUUACGUGCUACGGUGGAAAAAGCAAUGGCACGUUUAGAAGAAGAUGGUGUUUUAGAUAAUAAAAAACAACGUAGUAGUGGUACUGGUAUUGGUGGUAGUCGAAGUAAAACUUCAAUGACAAGAGGAGGAAGUAAUGCUAGUAUCAUUAAUCGUAGGAAAAAAUCAUCAUCAAAAUCUGGUUCAAGAUCCCGAUCUGGUUCAAGAUCUCGAUCUCGAUCUCGAUCAAGAACCAAAUCAAGAACCAAAUCAAGAACUGGAUCGAAAACUGGUUCGAAAACUGGAUCGAAAACAAAAUCAUCCACAUCAAAAACAUCGGUCACAUCGGCAACAACAACAACAACAACCGGAACAAUGUCGAAAUCAAAAAUUUAACCCCGAAAAACCGAAAAAAUGACCAAGCAAGCACCAAAGAAAUGAUUUGGUUUUUUCCU